AUGUUUUUACCGCAUAAAAGCACGGAACUAACUGUCCUGCGUUUCACUCCGUUGGAAGAGCAGAGCUAUUGUAAUGCACUAGCGUUUUGUCGUUCGAAAGUACGGACGAUGCCUCCUUAUUUGCGGGAUUUGGAUGGGCCAAUUUCGUCGUUGCAUGAACAAGACUUCGAGAAAUUAAUGGAACCGUUGCAGUCACUUCGUAAAUUUAUCAUUUUUCCAGGGCUUCUGUUCCCAGAGACAAGACAUCUUAUCAGUACGGAGGAAAAUUUGCACGAACAACUGUUCCGAGCCAAAAGUUUAGUAAUCGAAAAUCAACAUCGAGAA